AUGAGCACGAUAAGCUAUGAGGCAUUUCGGGAACAACAGGACCUCUUACAGGGUCUGAGGGAGUCUAUAGCAGAGCACAGACCCUUGAUUGCACGCUUAUGCUCUCUGGCAAAACGCUUGUCAGAACUCAACCCCGUUCAGGGGGAUGAGUUCUAUCGAAAGGCGACGGAGGCCGAGGAGCAGCAUAGAACCAUCAGAGACCGGGUCAGAGAGACUGCUAAUCUACUUGAGGAGUCAUUGCCUCGAUUCAUGCAGCUGAAUGAGAGGAUGAACCUUAUCAGAGAGAGUCUUGACCGUCUGCGCAGUCGCAUACAGACUCCCACCCCUCUUCAAGGCCUCACACCAAGGAUCCAGGAGCAGCUGCAAGACAACAAACACACCCUGGUGGAGAUGUCUAAGCUGGACCUGGGCCUCAGCAGUGUGAAGACACAGGCAGAUGAACUGCUGGCCAACACGCAGGCAGCUGGUGAUGGAUCUGUCGGCACUGCAAUCCAAGAGCGUGUGUCCAGCCUGUCCCAGCUGUGGGACGAGACACAUACUCAGGCCCAGGAGAGGGAAAGCUGGCUGCUCAAUCUCUUGGAUCUCGCCAUGAGGUUCUGGAGUGACGUCAGCGAUGUCACUGCUGCCCUCAGUGAUGGUCAGCAGGCAGUUGUGGAUCUCAAUGCUAGUCGGACAGACUCGGAAACAAUCCGCCAGAGCCUUGAAACCAUGCAGACUCUCAGAGAGGAUAUUGACAGUUUACAGGGAGAUUUGGACACUCUUGGUGUUUUGGGAAUGGAUCUGAUGUCAGCAUGUGGCGAUACAGACAAACCAGAUGUCACAAAGAGCUUGGAUGAACUUUAUUGCACGUGGAACAACUUGAGCAAACUGUGGAACGAAAGUCACAAAAAGCUGGAAGAGUCCUUACAGAUGGCACUACAUUAUCAGGACACUAUGCAGGGUCUUUUUGAGUGGUUGAAGUCAGCUGAGCUGAGGUCUACUGAAGAGUUCAUGGUAGGAACUGACCUGGAAUCAGUCAAAGAGCAGCUACGUGAUCUCAAGGAGUUUAAGCGAGAACUUUACCAGAAGAAAAUAGAGAUAGAAAGCCUGAACCAUCGCUUUGUGUGCCGGCUGUCUCCAGGCUCAGAGCGUCCGGGCUCCGUCUCACCGCUGUGUGACUUCAGACAGCGCUGGGACAGCCUGGAGUCAGAGACUGUCAGCAGACAGCAUCAGCUGGAGUGUGCUCUGCUGGGUCUGGGUCAGUUUCAAAACACACUGGAUGAGCUGCACACAUGGCUCUCCCGAACAGCUGAACAACUGCAGGGCGGCCGGCCAAUCAGCAUCGACCUGCAGGCCUGUGAAAUAGAGCUGGCCAAACACAAGGUGUUGCGUAAUGAUGUCAUGUCCCAUGUUCGCACGGUGGAGUCCCUGAACCAGGCCGGCAGGGGGCUGCUGGAGGUUGGGUCCGGGGACAGCCCGCAUGGUCUGCAGUCUCGGUUGGAGCAACUCAAUGACAGCUGGGAGUUUGUCCGCUGUGAGACUGAACGCAGGCAGCUGGAAUUAGAGAACAGACUGAGUCAGGUACAAGAUGUUACAAUGGAGAUUCAGGAUCUCCUGCAGUGGCUGGAGAACACAGAUCUGAGACUGUCCUCCUCUAAAACCGUAUGGGGUAUGCCGGACUCUGCCAGCGAAAGGCUCAAUGCACAUUUGGAGUUGUGCAACGAGAUGGAGUCAAAGCUCCACGCCUACACAGAUGUGAAGAAUGCCAUCCACAGGAUGCUGGAGAGCAGCAACGUUGUGCGGGGAUCAAGCACCGAGCACAGCUUAUCAAUCCUUGAACAGAAAUGGGCAUCUGUUUACAGCAAAGUCCAUGAGCGAAAGGCAAGGCUUACAGAAGGACUGAGUCUGGCCAAGGAGUUCCACAGUAACGUCCAGGAACUUCUCACUAAAAUGAGCAAGUGUGAAGAGUCUAUCGGGCUUCUUCCUACUCCCAGCUUUGUUCUGGAUAAAGUUUGUACUCAACUGCAGGAAUACCGAACACUGGUGAAUGAGGUGAACAUUUAUGGUGAGAAGAAGACCACCAUGGAGAGCACAGCCCGCAGACUAAUAGAACUGAGCAGGAAGGAAGACUGCGACGUCAUUCAUAACCUAAUCAUGACCGUCCAGGAUCGCCACAAAAAGCUCCAGCAGCGCGCUUCAGAAAGAGGCAGGACGCUGGAGGAAGUCAAAAAGAAUGCCAAACAGUUUAAUGAAUCGUGGCGCCUGCUAUUGGACUGGAUGACGGAGGUAGAACAGACAUUAGACACGCAUAAAGAGAUUGCUGUGACCCACGAGGAGAUUAAACAACAACUGACUGAACAGAAGGAGUUCCAGAAACUGCUGAGGUCAAAGAGGCCCAUGUAUGAAGCAACGUCGAAGAAUGGACGCUGCCUUCAUGAAAGAGCUCAAACUGGCCAUGAUAGACAACAUCUGGAAAAUCUGAUGGCUGAACUCAAAGACACAUGGGACACCAUCAGUGGCAAGUCAAUGGAGAGACAACACAAACUGGAGGAAGCACUGCUGUUCUCAGGCAGAUUCACCGAUGCCCUCCAGGCACUGAACGACUGGCUGUAUAGAGCGGAGCCCCAACUAGCAGAGGACGUUCUUGUUGGCGGGGACAAGGACAUGGUCAACAACUUGAUCGACAAACACAAGGCAUUCCAAAAGGAGUUAGGUAAGCGAGCCGGAUGCAUCAGGACCCUGAAGCGCUCUGUGAGGGAUCUGACCAGGAGCAGCACUGCUGACGCUCACUGGCUACAGGAGCAGAUGGAUGAGCUGGAGGGCCGCUGGGAGGCCGUGUGCAAACUAUCCGUCAGCAAACAAGACAGACUGGAGGCUUCACUUCAGCAGGCUGAAAAGUUUGAUGGCCUUGUCCACUCUUUCAUGGAGCGCCUCACUGAGGCAGAGAGGAUACUCAAAUAUGGGGCAAUACCAGAGGAGGAAGAAGGCCUGCUUGCUUUCCACAAACAACACGAGGAAUCAAUGGGAGUCUUGCAGACUCAGGCCAUGGAGUUGCAGAAUAUCCAGUGCCUUGGUGAGGAGAUCCUGGCCUCCUGCCACCCAGACUCCAUAAUCACCCUAAAGUCUUGGAUCAGUGUCACCAAGACCCGCUUUGAGGAGGUUCAGACCUGGGCUCAGCAGCAGGGCCAGAAGAUCCAGGCCAGCUUGGCAGCACUCGAGUCAGAGAGAGAGGAAGUCCAGAGGCUACUGGACUGGAUCUCCUCAGCAGAGGAAGCCCUCAACCUCAGAGACCAAGAGCCUCUGCCUGAGACCACAGAGCAGAACCAAGAACUGAUUGAGCAGCACACAGUAUUUAUGGAGGAGUUGAAUAAAAAGUUCCCAGAGGUUGAACAUGCCACAAAGUCCUGCAAACACAAGAGCAUUUUGAAGCAGCAAGGUUCUCCCAGCAAACGGCCACUCACAAAGAGGAGGAGCACUCUGAAGCUGCAGCCUGUUGUACCUAUUCCCCUGGAGCACCUUGACCCCCAGACCCCAAAGCUCAGUCAGCUGGUCAGUCAGUGGCAGAAACUUUGGCUCCUGGCUGUGGCAAGACAAAACCGCCUGGAGCAACAACAGCAGACACUCAAAGAGAUGGAAGAAUUUGCCAACUUCGACUUCAAUAUUUGGCGAAAGCGUUACAUGGUGUGGAUUAGUCAUUUGAAGUCACGGAUCUUAGACGUGUUUCGCAGCAUCGACAGGGACCAGGACGGACGUAUAAGCCAGAGGGAGUUUGUUGAUUAUGUCCUGAACUCCAAAUUUCCCACCAACUCUCUCGAGAUGAACGCAGUGGCAAACAUCUUCGACAUGAACAGUGACGGCUUCAUCGACUACUAUGAGUUUGUGAGUGCCCUUCACCCUAGCAGAGAUCCCUACAGGAGAACGCUGGAUGCAGAUCAAAUCAACGAAGAGGUGAGUCGACAGGUAUCGCAGUGUAACUGUCCCAAGAGGUACGAAGUGGAGCAAAUAAGUGCCAAUAGAUACAGGUUUGGAGAUUCCCAACAGUUGCGGAUGGUUCGUAUCCUGCGUAGCACGUUGAUGGUGAGGGUGGGAGGAGGCUGGACUGCUCUAGAUGAGUUCCUGGUUAAGAAUGACCCCUGCAGAGUGAAAGGCAGGACCAACCUGAAGAUCAAGGAGAAGUACUUGUCUCCUGCAGGAAGCACUUCUAAGGGUUUGACUGUCAGCAGGUCCAACUCCAGCCUCAGCCUCUACAGCAGCGCCUCUGCCCCCACCAGCCCCAUGACACGCAAGGCAAGGCAAAAGCUGCAUCCUGUUAGUUGGUUUUGA